UCCAGGUCCAGUGCUUGCUUGCAUUUUGACCUAUCACUGGAUCAAUCUCGAGGAAUAGCACUACGCCGAGUCGCCUCCAUGACGAUGACUCUCCGAUCCCACCUGAUGAUCUGGCAAUGUAUUCAGCCAGUAGCAGGACCCUCCCGCACCAAUCUUUACGCAUCUAGGACCUUGCUUCCCAUUCGAACUUUUGUAUCAACUCCUGUACCCAACUCGGGGCACAACAAAUGGUCUAAGAUCAAGCACAAGAAGGGAGCUGCGGACGCUGCGAAGUCUGUGUUAUACGGACGUAUCAUCAGAGAUCUCCAAAACUCGCUACGACCGCCUAAUUCACUGGAUCCGACCAUCAACUCCAGACUGGCAGAUAUAAUGGGGAAGGCUAAAGAAGUCGGCAUGCCGAAGUCCGUUGUAGAGAGGGCGAUCAGUAGGGCCCAGUCAGUGCUCGAUGGGACUGGUCAAAGUCAAACGUUUGAAAUGAUGGGACCUACCAGCCGAGACGCCUACAUCGUAGAGUGCUUAACGGACAAUCCCAAUCGAACGAUCCAGAGUCUCCGAGGAAUAGCGAAAGCUAGGCAGGCACGUAUAACUCCAGUGGGCUUCAUGUUUGAGCGUAAAGGAUCGAUCAUCGUUCAGCCUGCUACACCGCAAUCCGACUUUGACGCUUUAUUUGAGCUUGUCUUGGAGGAAGGCGCGGACGACGUGAAAGAGGUCGAAGGAGAGGAAAGUUUGGAGUGGGAGGUCGUCACUCCGCUCGAAUUGUUGUCGAAGAUUACCACGUCUAUAACUUCGGAUCCCGAGAAGCGCUUCUCUGUCCGAUCCUCGGAUCCAGCUUAUAUCCCUCUGGAGUACAUUGAGGCCCCUGAUGAAGAUGCGGAGCCCAGUGAUUCGGACUUCGAUAUAGAGAAGGCUUCACUAUUCUGUAGCAUGCUGGAGGAGGAUCAAGAUGUUGUCAGGGUGUGGACGAACAUCAGAGGUCUGUGAGCCGCGAGCUAUCACAUCCAGGGAGCGUAGAUCUAGACAUAUUUGCAUGGCAUAGGCUUGGUA